AUGACAGCUAUGAGUGGUUCAGUUCUCGACACCUCAGUUCCAUCCGAAACAGUUCACGAUGGCCUUAUUCCGAGUUCUGCAGCAGCCGAUUUUCGCCUUUUACUGGCAAAGCUCCCCUUGGAAGGCAAUUGUCCGGAUUUCACCUCCGCCGAUCUUCAGAGCAGUCGUGCGCCUUUGCUCGGUCCUUUGACCACCGACGAGCAAGCUGCGGCCAUCUUGACCACCAUCUGGACCGCCACUAAUUCAACUUCAAGGAUCCGCUGGCAGGGGCAACUUGCAGCUGAUGCUCUAGCGGCCGCGGAGGAGCAACGUAUCAUUGACGAAGCAUCCACCCAGCGUGCGGCCGCUGAAAAGCUUCAAGCCGACCUGCUUGCUGAAGAGGACAAGAAGAAAAAACCGUCUACACCAUAUUCCCAUCCCUGA